GCCACAGUUAUCACACAUCAGAUAUAUGCUUAUUUAACAACAGGAAGCCACUGAGAAUCUCAUAAAUACAGACUGCCACCACAAACUAAGCCUCCAAGCAGUGUUUGACGCUGAGCUCUCACAACUUCAUCACCACAAGGAAAUUAGCGAGACAAAACUGAGUUGGGUUCAACUCUUUUUGCUUCUUUUGGCUUCACUGGCAUCAGUACAACUAAGAGAACUUACACUCUGCUCUAUCAAGCAUAGCCCUUGGGAAAGGGUGCAAGAGAAAUCAACUUUCUUGAAAAACAUAGAAGACCACUGACUCAGCUUGCAAGGUAUUUGAGAAAAGACAUUCAUGGCCACGGAAGAAGAUUAUGACUAUGCGUAUUCCAAUGCCACAUAUAAUGAAGACAAUUACAGAUACAUGAAAUUUUUAGAGUUCAUGGGAACCUUCUUAACCUGCAUGUAUUCCACUGCCUGCAUCUUUGGGGUGUUAGGAAACGCGUUGGUUCUUAUCAUUCUCAUUUUCUAUGAGAAAAUGAAAGCUCUAAGUGAUGUAUUUUUAGUGAGUUUGGCAGUAGCUGACUUUUGUUUUCUUUGUACAUUGCCAUUCUGGGCCUAUUCUGCUGCCAAAGAGUGGAUCUUUCAUACUUUGCCAUGUAAAAUCAUCCGAGGCCUAUAUACUUUAAAUCUAUAUGGUUCUAUGCUAACUCUUACCUGCAUAACUAUUGACAGGUAUUUUGCUAUUGUCCUAGCUACCAAAGCUUACAUAAGUCAAGCCAAAAGAAAAGUCUGGGGUGUUGCAGCUUGUAUUUUGGUUUGGGUGAUUUCUCUGGGCUUUGCUUUGCCACAAUUUAUAUUUAGUAAAGAGAUUCAAAAUGACAAAAAGGUAUGUUCUGUAAAUUAUCCUUCAUAUCACAUGGAAGUUUUCACAGAAGUAACCCAGAUGGUUCUUGGAUUCUUCUGCCCUAUGUUUAUCAUGCUUAUUUUCUACUCAAUCAUUGUGAACACAUUAUUCAGAGCCCGGGGUUUCCACAAGCACAAAUCCUUGCGAAUAAUACUUGCUAUCGUUGUGACAUUCAUUAUUACACAGAGUCCAUACAACCUAUUGAAACUCAGCCGUGCCAUAGACAAAAAUGUCAUUCUGGAUCACGCUUUUGAAUAUGCUUUGAUUGUGACAGAAGCCAUUGCUUAUUUCCACAGUUGCCUUAACCCUGUUCUCUAUUUCUUUAUUGGUGUGAAGUUUCGGAAGCAUUUGAUGAAAAUUCUUAAAAAUACUAGACAUGCUAAACAUAAACUAUUUGCAAAGCAAUGGCAAACAACUGAAGAUGACAGCUCAAAAACCUGUACUGACACACAUCAUGUAGAGGAAACAAGCAUGGAUCCAUUGUAAGAAAAUCUUAAAGAGUGUCUACAGCACAGUUUCAUCUUUAGUCUACCUGAAUUCUCAUAAGAGCAAAUGCUGUGUCUUAAUAUAACUACACUGCCUGUAAGUUUCCCAGAAAGGAAAUCACACGAAAUCUCACUGCACUCUUGCUUCUAAUGCUACUUCUGAGAGAAGACUAAAUUUUGCUGACUUGAUGUCAUGGCUUUAGAGCAGAAACCAAAAAAGACUGAAGCAAAGCAUCUGCUACUAUUUUUAAUCAAAACUGGUUGUGAGUAUGGAUGGUACAGCAAGCAACUUUCCAAGCAUUUUAUGCAUUCAGUUUCUAAGAACCUGCAAAAAUUAUUUUAACUGCCUCUAUAUAAUUAAUAAUUUUCUUCAGAUAUAAUUUUCUGAGAAACUGAGUCUCAAUCAACUGUGUUUUCUCAUGUUAAUUCUGUCCUCUAAGAUAAAGUAGGAAGCUAUCUUCUGCAGUUGUGCUGCUGGUUUAUAUAGCCUCUCUACUCCAGCUGUCAAUGGCUCUUUACAGUCUAUAACAAAAGAUAGCCCUGGGCUAGAUUAGAAAAGUGCACUAAUGGGACCUGAGAAAGCCUAAACUCAAUGACUAAAAUUCUAUUGGCAUAAAUUUAUGUGGCAGAAGCUGAUGGUGUUAGCAACUACUAUCGGUAGAACUUAAUUUAAAUGAAUUUAAACCUUACUAUCCCGUUUUAAAUUCUGAGGCUCCUCCCUUCUGCCAAUCUGUCAAUGCAAGCACCAGCUGAGAUUACCAAUAUUAAAAGGUUUCCCCUCUCCAUUCUGAGAGGGAUGGAAAGGUUUUCCCUGGGCGAAAGUGAGCUCAGAAGCUAAAAUGACGGGAAUAGAAACUUUAGUAUAAUUGAAAUUAUAUUUUUCCAGCAGAAGCUGAUAACAUCAUCAACUCUCAUGGCAUAAAAUUACACCAACAGGAUUUUGCCCAAUGAGUCUCAUAUAUUUAUUUAAUGGGUCUGCUCUAGCUGAGAAGAUCAACUGGAUUUAGCACCUUAAGCUCCAAUUCAGUACUUACAGGGUGACCUCAAGGGGUGGGGUGGGGCUAAGAUAAGAGCAAAACCUGCAAGUGAUGUUUGUUGGCACCGAUUAAAUCUAGAAGCAGGCACAGAAGCCAGAACAUAUUUUUUCACAUUGGUUCUUUCCAACUGAAUGGUGGGCACAGCUGCUUAUAAGCCCUUUGAGCAUUUGCUGUUAGGGAAUGCUCUGAUGCAAGCGUGCACUGCAGUAUAUUCGGGAUCUAAUGGUUGUUGUGGGUUUUUUGGGCUCUUAGAACAAGGCCUAAGAGCCUGAAAAACCCACAGC